AUGCCUAGAGACGAUUUGUCCAUCGACUUCGUCAAAAGGAUGCCGACGGCCGAGGCUCUUGACCCGGCCAUCAUCCUCGACGACUGGCUCAACCGCGUUCAGAACCUUCCCGAAGAGAUCCGCUUCCUCCAGGAUGAAAUCGCCGACAGGGACCGCCAGUACUGCGAUUGCGUCAAGUUGAUUGAAGAUCGUGAUGGAAAGAUACAGAAAUGGAUACGGGCCAACGGCAGCCACGAAACGAACCCUCGCGAAGAGACAAUGCGGUCCCAGAUGCGCGACAACUUUAUCCGUGCCGACACGCUGGCUACCGAGAAGAUCGCCCUGACACAGAAGUUGCAAAUCAUCAUGGACAAGCACCUGCGGAACCUCGACCAGCAUAUCAAAAUGCUUUACGACCGUGCCGAGCCCGGCUUCAACGACCCUGACGAAUGUCCUUCUUUGAUCCGGCCGAGCGCGGCAAACCAUUCUGCGCCGUCGGGUCGCUCUGUCAACCCUGCGAGCCACCUUGUGGGAACAGCCAUUACCGCCACACCUCUGAACCCGAUUGUCAACUCCUCAAGUCCCAUUACGGCGCGCGUAGGAAACCCGCAGAUCCGCAACGCUCAGUCUCAACAACAUGCCUCCUCUGCUCCCGCUACGCCUGCUGCAAGCAUGAUACUCAACCGUCAAGCGCGGGAGAGCUCGGCAGGCCCGGGGGGUGGCGCGCCGAAGAGGGGCCCUCGGUCCAUCUCUGGACUGGGCAGCCUCCCCACAACAUCAAGUAGUCUGGCGAGGCAUUCAUCCUUGGGCCCAGGCACACCGAAAGGCGCCACCGGUCCUGGGCCAAACGGUGCUGUACGAGCGGGCAGCGCUGGUCCCAGAUCAUCAUCCACAAAGGCAUCAAGCGUGUCGGGCGUGAGAAAGGGUACACCGGGUGUAGCAAGCCGGAAGAAGCCCAUCAACGGCAACAAGUCGUCCCUGUCCCGCGUCAAGAAGGCCCCGGGAAGCCGUAACUCACCCGCCUCGACAGCCGAUAGCGAGUUGUCAGACGCCGACAGCGGAAGCGGUGAUGAAGGCGACCGCACCCGAAUAGACCGUGCCAGCGGCACCCCCGCGCGUGACGGCAAGGACGUUGACCACGAUGAUAGCUUGCUCGAUGUUGAGGACGAUGAGGCGGGGGACGACAAGAAGUAUUGCACCUGCCAAAAUGUCAGCUUCGGCGACAUGGUGGCGUGCGACAAUGAGGAUUGCCCCUAUGAGUGGUUCCACUGGUCGUGCGUCGGCCUCAAGAGCGAGCCCAACGGCACGUGGUUCUGUCCAGUGUGUACGGAGAAUAUGGAGAGGGAGAGGCUCCAGAAGAAAAAAUAA